AUGGAGCACUCAAACGCUUCCUCCCACUUCAAGCUCUCAGCAACUUCGUGCGGCACCUGCGCCGUCCACUUUGACAACCCCGACACCCGCCGCGCCCACUCAAAAAGUCAAUGGCACGUCACGAACCUCAAACGGCGCAUGGCCGACCUCGAACCCCUCACCGCGGAACAGCACGCCGCCGCUGUCUCCACACAAUCGGCCGACGUCCCAGACAAAGUCGGCCCCACAGCGGAAUCCGAUUCAUCGUCUUCGUCUACUUCUGAUGCCGAUCUGAGCGAUGCCGAUGACGAUGAUGAUGAGUUCAUUCCGGAAGAGUGCUUAUUCUGCAAUACCAUCUCAGAUUCCCUGGAUAAUAAUAUCGUGCACAUGCAUAAAGCGCAUGGAAUGUUUAUCCCAGACAAGGAAAAGCUCAUCGUCGACGUUGAGGCGUUGGUGAAGUACCUCCACCUCGUCGUCUUUGAAUACCGCGAGUGUCUGCAGUGCGGUACACAGCGACGGACGGCUGCUGCGGUACAGCAGCAUAUGCUUGGAAAGGGCCAUUGCCGCUUCGACGUCACAGCGGAGGACUCCGAGUUUAGGGACUUUUACGAGCAAUCUUCAGACAGCAGUGAGGAGGGUUCAAGAACGCAUAAGGAUACUAAGAGAGCCAUCGCAAAUGCACUGGAAGAACGCGGAUCGGUUCAUCUACCGUCUGGCAAACAGCUCUCUCACCGUUCUGCCCCGGGGUCAUCGAGACCUCGCAAUAGGAUCGGUGCUGAUACCAACACUAUUGGCUCUCAGAAGCUCGUCACUGGAGGCUUCUCGGGUAUCAACGAGUCAGAAGCAAGCUUUCAGCUCACAGCACCACCUGGGCCCGGCAAGAAAUUCGACACAAAGGCUCUGACGCGCGCCGAGAAGCGCGACGUUAUCUUUGAGACGCAGCUUUCCCGGUUAAGCAUCAAUGACCGAUCUGCGCUUGCGCAUCUGUCGUCGGCUGAGCAGCGGAGCGUCUUGCUGACGAAGCAGAAGCAGUUGGAUAAGGCGGAGAAGGCUGCUAGGAGGCUUCAGACUAGGUUGGAGAUGAAGGCGAAUAAGACUGGGCAGGGAAACUUUGUAAAUGAUGUUCCUGGGCGGAAGAAUGGUUGA